AUGUUGAGAAAACAUGGGGUUCAUCAGCGCUUCGACCUUCCAUAUCAUCCUCAAACGAGUGGCCAAGUCGAGGUCUCCAAUCGUCAAAUCAAGCUUAUUCUUGAGAAGACAGUUGCAAGGAAUAUAAAGGAUUGGUUGGACAAGUUGGAUGAUGCUCUUUGGGCCUAUAGAACGGAUUUCAAGACACCUAUUGGCACCGCUCCAUAUCGCCUUGUCUAUGGAAAAUCAUGCCAUCUCCUGGUAGAGCUUAAACACCGUGCUUUGUGGGCAAUCAAGAUGAUAAAUUUUGAAUUGGAAAGUGCGGGGGAGAAAAGUUGGUUGGAUCUUCAUGAGCUAGAGGAGCUUAGACUUGAUGCUUACGAUUGA